CGAGGCCGCGCCGCCCCCAGCGCCGCGUUCCGGUUCCGGCGCGCGGAGCAGGGCGGGAGGCGGCGGAGGCCAUUAGCGAGAGCGCGGGCAGCGCGGCGGUAGAGCCACAGCACUGCAGCCAUGUCGAUUGGGGUGCCCAUCAAGGUCCUGCACGAGGCCGAGGGCCACAUCGUCACCUGUGAGACCAACACUGGGGAAGUGUAUCGAGGCAAGCUGAUCGAAGCUGAAGACAACAUGAACUGUCAGAUGUCCAACAUAACAGUGACAUACAGAGAUGGACGGGUGGCACAGCUCGAGCAGGUGUACAUCAGGGGCAGCAAGAUACGGUUUCUCAUCUUACCAGACAUGCUGAAGAAUGCUCCUAUGCUAAAGAGCAUGAAGAAUAAAAACCAGGGUUCUGGAGCUGGGCGAGGGAAAGCAGCUAUUCUCAAAGCUCAAGUGGCUGCAAGAGGAAGAGGCCGUGGUAUGGGCCGUGGCAACAUCUUCCAGAAGCGAAGAUAAUUUUGGUCUUGGCUGAAUUGGUUUUUUUAUUAGGGGUGUUAACUUGACUAUAUGCAUUGUUGGUAUCAGUUUUGUUUAAUAAAUGUUUCUGACAAAAACUUGUCUGCUCUUACCUGACAGGACAAUUCUUGGGCAGAUACACUGCAGGUUGAUUUCAAACUCAAGCCAGCUUUGGAAAAUAGUAGACUUUAUUAUAUCUAGUAUUGACCACUUUGUGUGAUGCAUUUGUUUUGAAAGAUUAUUAUAUUUCCUUUUUUCUUGUUUAGUACUACUGUCAUUUAUUCUUUAAAGAGCUAGAAGGAGUUCUUAAGAAGAAUUUUAAGUCAUACAUUAUAAAGUCUUAUUAGCAGCUGCAUUUAUAGAAAAUAGAGCAAAACGGAGGCAGUUUCCUGAGAAGCAGAGCACUGUGUUCUUUUGCUUUAUAUGCACCUACAAUAGAUAGAGGUCUAUCUUCAGAUCUGUAUACUGAACUUGUAUUCUUGCAUUUCUUAUUUUUCUCUUUAGAUAGGGGGAGAAUUUUUCAUUAGGAACACAACUUUGAUAGCCUGUAUCUAUAGUUGCAGUGAAAAAAUCUAUUCUGACUUGGCAGUUUUCCCCUGUGUCUGGGAAAAGACAACAGAAUAUAAAAUAGGCAUUUUCCAGGAUAAAUUUGAAAUGCUUUGUAGAUUUGAAAGGCAGGACAGGUGUAUGAGGAAAGUCUUAUAAAUAGUUAUCCAUUAAACACAACUCAGUACAAAGGCUGAUGUUUUCAACAAAACUCACAAUUGACUUCAGCUUCUGAUUUUGUGUACUAUCUGUACACAGUUGUGUAUAGAUCAGCUGAUCUACAGGAAGCCAAAUGUAGUUGUAGCUUCAGUUUAUUUUGAUUGAAGUGUAGUUGUGGGUGUUUUUACUGCCUUAAAUGGUUGAAACAUUUCAGUGUAACCCUUCUGUACCUAAUCCCAUCCUUGCAUUCAAUUAGCAGUCUGUACACACAUAAAAGAGCUGCUCUUGCUUUUCAGCUGGGAUGCUGUGAAGACUCCCAUGUGUGCAGACAGGAAAGUUGAACUAAUGUAUUAACUUGUUGAAUUGUGUGUAAAUAAAGCUGUAUUUGGUCUCACAUCA